AUGGCUCCCAGUAUCUCUCACGAAGUCGAAUUCGAGUCUCAGAUCACCCCUGCCUCUCUCAAGGUCUCUUCCAUUACUGAGCAAGUUCUCAUCGAUGCCCCUGUCGAGGCAGCCCAAGAACCCACCUCUGUCGACCCAUUAGCCACCACCACCAGCGUUCCUUCCUCAGACGACGAUAUGGAUGAUAACGGCUCAAUUGACGGCUCAGCAGAUAGCUGCUCUGACGCCGGCGCAGACAUGACGCCAGCUGUUGUCGCUGUUGCUGCCGCAGAGGUUGCCGCAGACACUACCGAGGUUGUUGCAGAUGCCACAACAGUCGCUGUCGCAGCAGAUGAUACCUCCGAUUUCGAUAACGAGGUCGCCGCUGUUACCUCCUUUGCCGAAGGCUUUUCGCUCGAGGACCGCACAUCGACCGUUAAGGCCCCUGUAGCAGCGAUCGAACGGGUACAGACAUCGUCCGCUCUUUCCUCCCGAUCAUCCAUCUCUCAGUCCAUCCCCAUCCCUGCCGUCGAGGCCCUUAUUGCAGCUGCUUCCACUAUUGUUGGUGAGGAUGGCCAGGAGCCCCGCAAGUCUUUGAGCCGCCCUCUCAGCCGUCAAGAACUUCGUCGGAAGAGCAGCUUCUUCAACUCGAAGGAGAUUGCGAUUUCGGAUCAACGUUUCUCGUCCUCGACGUCUGCUUCGAUGAGGCCGAUCGCUGACCCUCGCUUCAAGAACCGGUUCCAGAGCAUCCUUUCGCAAUGGAAGGCUCGUGCCAGCGAGUAA